AUGCGAAGGAGACGGAUUCUUCUCAGCUCUAUCUCAGAACAAAAAAUAGAUCUUAAACAACUAAUAGCCAAUAUUAAUCCAGGUAUAAGUGAAGAUAAAUUAACAACAUUAGAAACUAAACUUAUUGAUAAUAGUGAAAUACAAAAACAAAUAGUUGGUAUUAAACAACAAUUACUUAAUGUAGUAGAUAAAACUCAAUUAGAGAAUUUAAAACCAUUAAUAUCUAAAUUAGAUGAUAAGAUAACAAAACAAAAAAUAGACCUUAAACAACUAAUAGAUAAUAUUAAACCAGUUUUUCGUGUGAAAACAAGUGAAACAACAUAUCAGUUGGAAGGAUAUGGAUUUAUAUUAAAAAUAAAAGUAUUUUUAUAUAUAAGUGGAAACGUUAAAAACAUAUUUGAUGAUACAGGAAACUUUAAUUUCCGAGUUCAUAUAAAUAAGAUUAAUGAUUCGAAAGAAGAAAUAUCAUUAGCAUCUGUAAAAGUUACUAUUUAUUCACCCGAAGUAAUGAUAACAGAUAAACGAAAAAUAAUAGGAGGAGUUUCAACACCUAGAGUGUGUGACGAACAUCUUAAUUUAGUAAGAGCUACUCGAUAUUUCGAGAUAGUGACAUAUCGCUCUAAGGGGUUAUUGUUAACAAAAUCAUGGCGAGGGAACUGGUCAUUAAGGAAAUCAGGUUCAACCCCAGUUCGGCUGUGUAGAUCCCCACACAAAAUGAAUGCUACACCACCAUUGAUAUUCCAGGAAGAUCAAGAGAGGAUAAGAACAUAA